AUGAGUCUGGUGAGUCUUUCCGACUUAAAGUUUAUCAAGCCUGCGGUAGUGAAGCUGUGGUUUGACCAGGGCGCCAAAUUUGCCGUGGUUGAUGUCAGAGAUUCAGAUUACGCUGGUGGUCAUAUUAAGGGCUGCUAUCAUUACCCAGCCAAUGAGUUUGCAUCGUUACUUCCUGAUCUUCGCAUGAAGCUUGAAGAGAAUAAGAUUGAGAAUGUGGUGUUCCACUGUGCACUUUCCCAGGCCCGUGGACCCAAGGCAGCUCUUUUGUUUUUAAGAACGGCCGAGGAUGCUCCUCCCAAGACGGGUCUGGAGUCAAGAAACGUCAAUGUGUAUGUGAUGGAAGGUGGGUUCACCAGUUGGGCCAGGAAGUAUGGUGAAGACUCUCUGGUCACCGAGGGCUUUGCUGCUGAUAUUUGGAACGAAUGA